CCAGCUGAGGUACCUUGGCGACGUUCAGUAGAGUUGUCGCUUUAGUAGUAAAGAGAACGCUUAUAUUGAAACUUCAAUUUUUUUUUGAAAAAAAUCAACUAUUCUUAAAGAUGGAGAGUAUUUCAAUUUCAAGACUUGACUUAAUCUUGAAGCAGUUUAUUAGAAUUGACCAGUAUAAAGGAUACUGUAGGCUUUUGAAGGAAUAUGCAAUGGAAGCUUUUACAGUAAACGGAAUGCCAGCACCAAUAUAUGUAGCGAAGAGAAUGGCAUAUUCCCAGGAAAAUGACUAUUUCGGUAUGGUUGAAAUGAAGGACUUGUUGGUGCCACUUUGUAACACCGCCUAUCUUCUAAACUGUCAGACACCAGACAAUGCUGUCAUGAAAGAAAAGAUACCAAACUUUGACGUGACAUUUGAUUCUAGUAUUUGUCAAGAUAUUAUAAUAAUGGAGAAGGAAGUGAGUCGUAAAAUAAGGAGUCAUAUCAUAUGCCUGGAGGGACUCAGGGAUUUACAGAAAGAUUGUUGGUUCUGGGAAAAACGCCUGAAACACAGGAACAAUAGAAUGGACACUUUCUUGGAGAAAAACACAGAUGACGGACAAGAUGUUACUAGUAAGAGUCAACGCAAAUAUGAUAACCUAGUAUCAAAGCAGAGUGAGGUAGCAAAACGUUACAAAGCUAUACUGGUUUGCUUCCAAGAAAAAAUGGAAGAUGAGAAGAAAUUGAGAACAGCUGUUUCGCAGGUAAAAUAUGUUUAA